CUGGCGGGCCUGACGCGCCGCCACGCUCGCUGCAUCGCUGCGGAGCCCGAGUGAGCGCCGCUGCUCCCCGCGCCCCCGAAGGGCCGCCGCCGCCGCCCGAUGGCGGGGCUGCGGGAUUGCCUGCCCUGCCUGAUGGUCAGGAUCCGGUCCCUGCUCUUCUGGUCCCUGGUCUACUGCUAUUGCGGGCUCUGCGCCUCCAUCUACCUGCUCAAACUUUUGUGGAGCAUCGGCAAGGGACCCGCGCAGACCUUCCGGCGGGUUGCCCGGGAACACCCUCCCGCGUGCUUGAACGACCCCUCGUUGGGUACCCACUGCUACGUGCGGAUCAAGGAUUCAGGGUUAAGAUUUCAUUAUGUUGCUGCUGGAGAAAGAGGCAAACCACUAAUGCUGCUGCUUCAUGGAUUUCCAGAAUUCUGGUAUUCUUGGCGUCACCAACUAAGGGAAUUUAAAAGUGAAUAUCGAGUUGUCGCACUGGAUUUGAGAGGCUAUGGAGAAACAGAUGCUCCCAUUCAUCGAGAGAAUUAUAAAUUGGACUGUCUAAUUACCGAUAUAAAAGAUAUUUUAGACUCUUUAGGGUAUAGCAAAUGUGUUCUUAUUGGCCAUGAUUGGGGGGGCAUGAUUGCUUGGCUAAUUGCCAUCUGUUAUCCCGAAAUGGUGAUGAAGCUUAUUGUUAUUAACUUCCCUCAUCCAAAUGUAUUUACAGAAUAUAUUUUACGACACCCUGCCCAGCUGUUCAAAUCCAGCUAUUAUUACUUCUUCCAAAUACCAUGGUUCCCAGAAUUUAUGUUCUCAAUAAAUGAUUUCAAGGCUUUGAAACAUCUGUUUACCAGUCACAGCACUGGCAUUGGAAGAAAACGAUGUCGAUUAACAACAGAAGAUCUUGAAGCUUAUAUAUAUGUCUUUUCCCAGCCUGGGGCAUUAAGUGGUCCAAUUAACCAUUACCGAAACAUCUUCAGCUGCCUGCCUCUCAGACAUCACAUGGUGACCAUUCCAACACUACUACUGUGGGGAGAGAAAGACGCAUUUAUGGAAGUUGAGAUGGCUGAAGUCACAAAGAUUUACGUUAAAAACUAUUUCAGGCUAACUAUUUUGUCAGAAGCCAGUCAUUGGCUUCAGCAAGAACAACCUGACAUAGUGAACAAAUUGAUAUGGACAUUUCUGAAAGAAGAAAAAAGAAAAAAAGAUUGACUUUUCUGUGUCUUCUAUGAGGGGUCUGUAAUGAAAUCUCUAAAUAAUUUGUAAAAAUUGUUCACCAACUCCUUUAGGCUUCAUUGGGAAAAGUUGUUUUAAUAUACUUUAUCAUAAAUAAAUACCCUGACAAAUGGUAUUGAAAAAAAUCUGAGAAUAUGUGAACUUGUAACAUAACAUUGAUUUUCUUCUGUUGUAUUUUGCACAGAAAAGCAUCUGCCUUAAAAUAUAUACACUUGUACAAAAAGGAAGUUGGAGAAAGAGGCUCAGUUUUGGUUUCUUGUGUUCUUUAUCUUGUUAACAUAUGGUGCCUUUUACAGAUGUUUAUUAAAGAUUAGCUGUGCCAUGUUAAAAGGCAAACCUGCAAUGGUAUAAAUUUUCAUUUUAUAGUUCAAUAGUUCUUUUUACUAUUUAACCAUUAAAAAUUCUAUUGUCAAA